AUGGCUCAAGCAAAGCUAAAUUUGAAUCAGAAGCGGAUUUGUGGAAGGAUUCGUUAUUUGAAAAGUAAGAUAACCUAAUAUUUUUGUUGUAAAACUCUUGGCUGUCAGAAUAUUGUACAAAAACUUUGUAUUGUGUUCGUUAAAACACAAAAUUUGGUAUUUUAUUGUUUUACAAGCCAAUAUUUGAAGGGUUUCAAAGUUUUUUUGUUUUUUUGAAGCAUGAUGGAUAAUAUAAUUUUUCACUGAAUGAUUUUUUCAGGUCGCAUGUUAGAAGUUCUAGAGCACCAGGACGACACGAUAGUCUUUAAUAACCCACAGUUUUGCGAUUUCAAAGUAAAAUGCGGCUCGGAUACCUUUUUUGUAAGUUUAUUUGUUUGGUUUUUAUUGUUUUAGGUAUGUAUGGCAUAUUAUGUAGUAUAGGGUUUGGUAUGGUAUGAUAUAGUAUGGUAUAGAAGAUAGUGUAGGCAGGGCCGGGCGCGAGGGGGGGGUACCUCCUCCCCCCAGAAAAGAAUUUUUGAAAAAAAUUGAACGUGGUCCCCCUCUGUGGAUUUUCGGAAAAAAAAUUUAGCAAAAAAUCGGCACAGGUGCUUACCUGUGUCGAUUUUUUGGACCCCCGCCCCAGACCAAACGUCCCCGCCCGGCCCUGAGUGUAGGGUAUAGUAAUAUAGGGUAUGGUAGUACAGGAUACGGUAGGGUACUGUACGGUAGGUAGUGUAAAACAUGGUAUGGUAGGUAAGAUAGAGGAUGGUAGAGAAAAUAUGAUAUGGUAUGGUAUAGCAUAGUAUGUAGGAUAGACUAUGUUAUGUCAAGUAGGAUGAAUACGAUAUAGUAGCUAGCAUAGUUUAUGGUAUGAUGGGGUCGAGUUAAAAUGGUCAGUUGUGAGGUCGGGUGAGGCUAAAAGGGUCAGGUGUGAGGUGGGGUAGAGUUAGAAAGGUCAGAGGAAAGGUUGGGUAAGGCUAAAAAGGUCAGGAGUGAGGUUGGAUAGGGCCAAAAGGGACAGGGGUAGGCUUGGGUAGGGCAAGAAAGGUCAGGGGCGGAGUCAGGUAGGGGUAAAAGGGUCAGGGGUGAGGUUGGGUAGGGCCAAAAAGGUCAGGGGCUGGGUCAGGUAGGGGUAAAAAGGUCAGGGGUAGGAUUGGGUAAGGCUAAAAAGGUCAGGAGUGAGGUUGGAUAGGGCCAAAAGGGACAGGGGUAGGCUUGGGUAGGGCAAGAAAGGUCAGGGGCGGAGUCAGGUAGGGGUAAAAGGGUCAGGGGUGAGGUUGGGUAGGGCCAAAAAGGUCAGGGGCUGGGUCAGGUAGGGGUAAAAAGGUCAGGGGUAGGAUUGGGUAAGGCUAAUUGUGUCAGUGGUGAGGUCGGGUAUGGCUAAAAGGGUCAGGGAUGAAUUGGGAGGGUAGGGUAACAUUUUUUGUCAUUCCGCAAUACUUUUUUUUUAUAUAAUAUGCAUUGUUCCGGAGAUGUCACUACUCCGGCGUUCCGGAAAGUGUUCCAUUCUGGAGGUGACACAACACGAAUUUUCUUUUCUUUAGCUUUAUUUCAAGUAUUUUAUGUGUUGUUUAGGUAUGAACAUGUAAAAUAUUUGAUAAAUUGUAAAUUUAACUUUUAUGGCAUUUUUGUUUAUUACCAUUUGUUUUUUAAGGUAUCAAAGGGUAUUUUGGCCCAAAAGUCUCCAGUAUUUGCAUCUAUUUUCAAAUCCGGAAUGAAAGAAGUUCAGAGAGGAGAGGUGGUGAUAGUAAACGAUGUUGAGCAUGUUGUUGUUUAUACAUCAGAACACAAAAGUUGA